AUGGAAGUUGAUGGUUCUCCAUCAUCUGUAGUGCCUUUGAGAUCACCGGAUUAUCUGAUCUCCAACAACUUCAUGAACAGCGGUUUCCAUACUGACGAGGUUAUGGAUAAUGAUCAAGCAUCCCAAGAUUCUGGCUACGCUAACAUGCCGGGUGCUGGUUCUGGAUCACCUCAGGGCCCUUCUGUGUUUGCUGAAUCAUCUCGCACCCCUUUAGAUGGGCGAGCGCAUCCACACUUCGUUUUUGAUACGCCUCAGGGAACCCGUUACUGGAUUCCUAACGUCGCUGAUAAGUUCAUACCAGUGUGUGGGAAAUCUUAUCCAACAUUUGAUGCUGUUGUUUCCAUGUAUGAACUUUAUGCGUUUGAAGCUGGUUUUUCUGUUAAAAAAGGCCAAACUAAAGUCUGGAAUGGAAUUCCCACACACAAGUAUCUUCGCUGCUCAAAAUACGGGAAACCACAAUCCAAGAGGACUUUUGACACACUAGAUGAAUCUUCUGUAGGGCCUAGGAGAACCAACUUUACAUGGUGUGACUGUAAGGAAAGCAUUCUAGUCUCAAUCUUUAAUGAUACAUACACAGUUCUGAGUUUCAAUGAUAUACAUAAUCAUGAACUUCUUGAGAAUUACAACCGUGAUCUUAGCAAGAUAUCACGGAAGCUGUCAUUCUCCACCAAACAAUUCAUUCACAAUAUGAGUCUAAACCGUAUCGGACCCAUGAGAGCUUAUAGAUGUCUUGUAGCUUUAAAAGGGGGGCAUCACAAUUUCAACGGGACUCCGGUGGAUUUUAAAAAUUUUAGCCACCAGUUGCGAAUUUUUAUUGGUGAACGCGACGCACAAGUUUUCCUUGAACGCUUGCGUGAGCGCUUUGACAACCUACCCAACUUCUAUUUUGAUUACACGGUAUCGACUGGAAAGUUGUCUUCUGUAUUCUGGGCUGAUGAGAUUUCAAAGCUAAACUACAAAGAUUUUGGCGAUGUCCUCGCCUUCGACGCGACUUACAGCACUAACAGGUACAAGAUGGUUUUUGUGCCAUUCACGGGUGUGGAUCAUCAUUUCCAAUGUGUUACAUUUGGUGCGGGUUUGAUAUCAACCGAGUCCAUUGAAUCUUAUGUGUGGUUGCUUAAGGCUUUUUUGAAGGCACACGGUACUCAACCAACUCUCGUGUUGAGUGAUAAAGACCCAUCCAUGCUUCAAGCUGUUCCUAUGGUCUUUACCGAAUCACGCCACCGUCUAUGCAUGUGGCAUAUAAUGAAAAAACUACCCUCCAAGAUCUCCGCGGACCUUCUUGACAACACUAAUGUUCGGUCCUGCAUUCACCGGUUGGUUUGGAAUGUUUAUAUCAAACCAGAAACGUUUGAGUCCCGCUGGAAUGACCUCCUAGAAACAUUUGGCCUACAAGACCACACUUGGUUGAACGACAUGUACAACAUCAAACAUCUUUGGGUACCAGCCUACUUCAGGGAACUGCCAAUGUGUUGCUUGAUGAAGACCACUUCACGCUGUGAAAGCUCUAACGCUGCCUUCAAGGUUAACUCAACAAGCGCAAACACCCUUGUACAAUUUAUGAUGUGCUUUGAAAAUAGGGUAGACAGCCAACGCUAUCGUCAACGUGUAUCGGAGUACAAAACCUCAUCCAUGGUGUUCAAGGGCAAUACUGAUUUAGCGAUAGAACAGCACGCGUUCGCCAUUUACACAAACGCUGUUUUUGCACAAGUUCAAAAGGAGAUAAUUAAAGGGAAGUUUUUAUGCUACAUCACAAACCAAACCGAGUCCAGCAAUACCACUCUUUUGAUAGACGUCACUCAUUUGGACAAAAGGAACAACAUCACAAACGUCUAUCAGACCACUCCUCCAGUUGCUCAUGCAGGAAUUUCACACGUAUCGGAUAUCUCUGUCGCCAUGUCUUUUGCGUCUAUCGAUUGA